AUGGCCAAACUCUUUCUCUCCCGACGAUGGCGGCCGAACAAAUGGCCUUUCUUCGUCCUCCUGGGCAUCGAACUGCCGUUGACGGUAGCUCUGCUCGCUCUCUUUGGCAUUGCCGCUCCAAAUCUAUACCGCAAAAAACUAUGGCAAGAUGGCGCAGAUAAUGGCUUCAAUUCUAGUCCUUCCACUGGCCUCUACGCCGCUGCGAACUACCAACCAUACACCACUCCCAAGGUGUGGUCACAGUUUAUCACAAACUUCAACGUCGUCAUAGCCGUCCUGUCUAUGUUCAUCAUGCUCGUCAAAGCCAUCAUGUAUAUGCUCCACGUAUUCCCACCCGUUCUAUCUGCCCUCGUUCACGGCGUUAUUCUCGCUCUGUACUCGGUCUCAUUAGCCUACCAGGCGAGCAGCGAUACCUCGGAUCCACUGCAUCCUCAAAACGGCCCGCCAUGGUAUGUCACCAAAUCAUGCAGUGUCACUCGCAACAAGAGUCUGGUCGGCUAUUGCCGACAAGCCAAAGCUAGCUUUGCAUGUACCUGCGCUGCUCUGGGAAUAUUUGUUGUAUACUUCGUCUUUGCUGUCUGGUCAUGCUUCCCCUCCAAAGCCCAGCGGGAAGAAUAUAACGAACGCAAGAGACUACAAGCUGAGAAGUAUGCUGGACUUGAAACUAUCCCAGACUCCAAGACCGGCCGAGCCACCGCCAGCUACCCUGUUCCAGAUACACCAGGCUUUCAGGGUGGUCUAAACCCUAUGACACCACGCACCCUCGCCUUCAAUACCCUUGGUGGCACUAAAGACUUGCCAUUGAGAAGCCACUUCAGCACUCCAAAUGUACAGCCUACCUCGCCUACCUAUAACAUUCGCAGUCCUGACAUCCAACGUAGUCCCAUGAGCCCUGGUUUUGUUGAUCGUGCAGGGAUGGAGGAUAAUGAAACCACGGGAAAGGCCAUUGAAUUAAGCCCCUCCUCACCACAACCCGCAAAUCCCUAUUUCCCCCCGCCUCCAAAGAGUUCCAAGAAAUGA